GGCCUCGCGUCGCGUCGCGUACAGCUGGACGCCUCCUCCUCUCCCUCCCUCCCUCCCCUUGCUGUUGGCUGUUGCUAGUUGCUUCCUUCGCCAGCCCCCCCUCCUGGACUCCACCACACCCCCACCUCCUCCUCGGCGACGGACGGCCAAGGGAUCCCCGAAGAGCGCGGCGGCGGAGGAGGAGGAGGGCGAGCAUGGCGGGGGCGCCGUCGAGGUCCCGGGGCGACUACGACCACCUAAUCAAGCUCCUGCUCAUCGGCGACAGCGGAGUUGGGAAGAGUUGCUUGCUCCUGCGGUUUUCUGAUGACACAUUCACAACAAGUUUUAUCACCACCAUUGGCAUUGAUUUCAAGGUUAGGACAGUUGAGCUUGAUGGAAAGCGUGUAAAAUUACAAAUCUGGGAUACUGCUGGUCAAGAACGUUUCCGGACAAUCACCACUGCUUACUAUAGAGGAGCUAUGGGCAUUCUGCUUGUGUAUGAUGUCACAGACGAAUCAUCCUUCAAUAACAUUAGAAAUUGGAUUCGCAACAUAGAGCAGCAUGCAUCGGACAACGUCAACAAGAUCUUGGUGGGCAACAAGGUUGAUAUGGAUGCAAAACGGGUAGUGUCCACAGCUCAAGGUCAGAAGCUCGCAGAUGAAUAUGGUAUCAAAUUCUUUGAGACGAGUGCAAAAACAAAUCAAAAUGUGGAGCAGGUUUUCUUUACCAUUGCAAGGGACAUAAAGCAACGGUUGACUGAGACCGUUGCCGCUGCGGCUGAGCCCCCAACUAUUCAGAUCAGCAGGCCAGAUCCCGACCAGCCCAACCCUGCCUCGCGGUGGUCAUCCUGCUGUAACACCUGAUCGACGCGGCGGUGAAAUCUCAUAGCGCCUUGACGCGUGACCGCUAGGUUACUGCUCCUGCUCCUGCGUGUGUUUACUUCCGGUGCCAAAGCCAAAGAUGUAAAGCCCGCUCGGUUGAUAUCUAGUGCGAAUUUAAAGACUAGCAAUACUCUGACCACUGUGGGUGUCGUGAUUCUUCAGCGAGGUGUUCCGGUGUUCCUGCUUUUAAGUUAUCGCCUUGUUGUAGCCCGGUAGUGGCUCGUGCUAAUGUAUGCUUGGGGACUCUUGCCUUGUAGCCUCCAGAUCUGCCGGCCGGAGCUAACGUUUCGGCAGAUCUGCUCCUGUCCUGUAAAAAAACAAAACCUUGGAGAGACAGCAGUAUCUGAUUGUAUGGGAUCGUCCGUGAUUGUACAUUAGCGCAUUGUAUUAUCCAGUGUUGCUCCCA